AUGGCUUCUCCACCAAUUUCUGAAUGUACUCCUCGUAUGGACCCUCUUUUGGAUCUCACUACUCCAUUAAUGAAGUAUGAACCUCUUUCUCCUAUGGAAACCCCUAAAAUGGAACCCCAAGAUAUAUCCAAGUCAGCAAUCGAUCUCCAACCAUUUAUCAAGGCUCUCACAUUACUUGGCUCAAUUCAAUAUAAUCAACAAGAUAGCAACAGCAAUCGUCACAGCAACAGCAAUAACAACAGCAAUAGCAAUAACAACAACAGCAGCAACACAAAUUACAACAAGCGUGAAAGAUCUGAAUCGAUAGAUGACAACCAAGAUUUAGUAGUUUUAAAACGACAAAGAAAUACUGAUGCUGCCAGAAGAUCUCGCCAACGCAAAGCACAAAAGAUGGAUACUUUAGAAAAGCGAGUUUUGGAUUUGGAAUCUGACAAUGAACGUUUACGGUUACGCGCUGCUGUUGCAGAAAGUGAACGUGCGAAUAUUGAAGCUAAAGAAAAGAGAAGUAGAGUACGAGUUUUGGAAUUAGAACGACAACUUGCAGACACCCACAAAGCAUUAUUAAGAUACAAUCAAUCAACAACACCAACAAAAUCAACAAUAUCGGUUUAG